GAUGGGGGAAUUGCUGCGAAGAGGAUUGGCUCCUCUGUGCAGUGAGCCCAGUCCGGUGGAAGUCUUCCUGUGGUAGAAGAGAUAAGACACAGGGCCAAUGCUUUGACGGGUUCUGUGAACAUUUAUUGAGAACCGUUCGAUUAUCAUACGAUUCUCAUCUCAUUUUCUCGGGGCCCACCAGCUCGUGAUCUUAUGGUGACGUGGCAUGAUCUCAACGGUACGGUGUUUCAGAACAUCAUGGAUAUAUAUCGGCAAACCAGUCCCGUCUGUCGAAGAAUGUAAAAGACGAAAAACCAAGCUCUACGCGUUCAUUCAGUCUGUCCCGAGGGCCGAGAGAGAGGGCGGGAGAAUGGGGUCGCCGGGAGAAUGGCUGGAGAAGGCGUUGGUGGAUCUUUGCAAGAGAAUGGAAACUGGUCUGGCUCUCGACAGUGAUAUGAUCUCGGGUUUAGUCUCUUACUGCGAACUCGCUUCUCCCCUCGAUGCUAAAGAGUAUCUCGAUAAUAUUAUUGGUCAGGAAGCUGGCAAGAGUGUAAUUGAGGAAUAUAUGCGACAAAGAGGUCACUUGGAUCUCUACAGCAGCACACCAGAGGUUUCAACUUCUAAAUUGCAUGCAUAUGUAAAGCCACCUUCAGAUGAAAGGUUGGUCACUGGAAGCAAAAAACCAUCAAGAACACCCAAAGAAGUUGCUGUAUCUCAUGAUAAGGUAAACCAAGUCUCAAGUGAAACUGGUGACUCAAGAAACUCAAAUAAAGGAAACCAAGGUGCUUCUAGGAAGAAAAGAUCUGGGAAAGUUGUCCCUCUUGCAGAGGCUGCAAAAGGGUCAAUAGUAUUUCAGCAAGGGAAACCAUGUUCAUGCCAAGCUCGUCGGCACAGACUGGUGAGCAAUUGUUUGUCUUGUGGCAAAAUAGUUUGUGAACAAGAGGGGGAGGGGCCUUGCAGUUUUUGUGGCGCCCUUGUGCUUGGUGAAGGAAGCACAUAUGCUGGUCUAGAUGAAAAUGCGCUUCCCUUGUCAGAUGCUGAAGCAGCAGCUGAAGCCUAUGCAAAGAGGCUUGUUGAAUACGAUCGAAACUCUGCAGUGCGCACAACUGUUAUUGAUGACCAGAGUGAUUAUUACGAUAUAGAGGGGAACAGCUGGUUGUCGAUGGAGGAAAAAGAACUUCUGAGGAAGAAACAAGAGGAGAUUGCAGAAGCUGAGCGGGCCAGGCGUAACAAAGUGGUUAUGACAUUUGACUUGUUUGGCCGCAAGGUACUGAUAAAUGAAGAUGAAGCUUCAGAACUAGAAUCAGAUAAAAGAAUUCUACACCCACCAGAUGAGAGAGAGGUGAACCGAAUUAAACCAAAUCCCAGUCUUAGAAUUCAACCCAUCUUUAUUGACCCUGGCUGCAGUACGAAGCCUGUUAAGAAGAAACAACCAAGUAGGUUCCUGGAUAACGGCUUGUGCUUGGAUAUAACAGGGAGGGUACAGCAUGAUAACCAUGAAUCAAAACAUUUUAUAAUUGACAACCAGGAAGGAACAGCUUCAAAUGGGAAGUUGUGGAGGAGACCAUCUGUGAAUGGAGAUUCACGUCUAGUGGAUGAAGGUGAAUGUUCUUUGGAUUACAAUUGAUUUCUGGGGUUUGUACUUUUUAUGCUUGAUUUAGUUGGCAAGUGCAGUGGUGCUCCAGAAAAACAUUGAAAUAUUUUUGGAAAUUGUUGUUUUAUUAGAGUUGAACAAGUAUAAUGUUUGAAGGCAGAAACAGUAACAUGAAAGUGCUGUAUCUGCAUGAGCUCUUGAGGGCGUCUCUACCAUAAUGGUUUACUAAUAUGCUGUUAUAUCCUGCCAAGUAAGGCGCAAAGCUUGCCAUCUAGAAUGAUACUAUUGCAAACUUCUUGUAUUUGCUUUAUAGACACUUGCGCAAAAAAAAAAAUAUAUAUUAUUGUAAUUUUUGUCCCCAUAUGAUGAACUGAGCAUGUCAUUAAGUUGAAUGUCAUUUGUAUUGAUUCA